AUGAAUCAGGAAGAAAAUACAGGAGGAGGAGGCAUUUUUGGCCUUUUCAAGUGGACCAAGGACGCACUGUUUGGUACAGACAUCUCACCAUCAAUGAAAUACAAAGACCAACCAGAACGAAGAGAUCGAUCUCGAUAUGCUCAGGAUGAUACGAAUUUCGGAAUAAACCUUGGAAACGGUUCCAGUAAAAGGAGUGCGAAUAUAUCAAGGUCAAAUUCUUGGUCUGGGUUGGAUUCAACAUUCCAGAGGAAAUACGAACUACUUUCAGAACACAAUGAGAAUGGCGUUGAUUCAGUUGAUAACAAUUACUACUAUAAAGACAGGAUACGAUCUUUGCGGAGCCCCGCUCCAGUUGUACCGAGAGAACCACUUCAUAAUGAACCUACAGACACAUUUGGUCAUAAACUGCACACCAAGAGGAGAACAGCAAAUGAGUUUUCUGGUGCUCAAAUACCCUUCAUGGCACCUCAUGAGGAUGAUCCUUUGAUCUCUAAGCUAUUUCAGAAAGGCGAAGCUAAUGACGUGGAGAAAUCGGCCUAUAAGUUAUCGGUUAAAGACAUUCCAGGUAAAUUCCCUUCACCCUUCAAGAAACGUGAUGAAAUAAACGACAACCGUGGACAUAACGAAGAUGCUUGCCAAAAAAAUAUCGAGUAUAAGAGGGCAUAUUUCGAACUGUUCGCGCAGAUGGAUCUAAAUAAUAGGGACUUGGACGAUUUGUGUGAAGAUGUUAGAGAGCAGCAUGAACAAUUCCACAGGGAUGAGCAGACUUACAAGCAAGCUUACCAGGAAAUGAGGGCAGAGUUAGUAAAUGAGUUGAAGAAAUCUAAAACGCUUUUUGAAAAUUAUUAUUCACUGGGCAAGAAAUACAAGAGUUUGAAAACGACACUUGAUCAAGCAAUCAGUCACGAGGCUGAAUUAGCAACUUCCAGGGAGCGACUGUAUCAGGAGGAGGACCUGAAGAAUUUUGAAAUACAAACUUUGAAACAAAGAAUAUCGGAUUUAGAGUUGAAAUAUACCAACUUGCAAAUAGAAAAGGAGAUGCAACAAGACAACUAUGAAUCUGAGAUACACGAUUUAUUACUACAACUAAGCCUCCGUAAGAACGAAAGAAAAGAUACUUCUGCAGGUUCGAACAUUUUUUCAAGCGUCCAAUACGAUAGGACUCCAUUUCACAAUGACAAUAACAGUAGCUACGACUCUAAUUCGCAUGCAUGGGACACUGAUUAUUUGAAGAAUAUAGAUGGAUUCAUAGACCAUUGA